AUGGCCGUGCAGGUGCCCCUGUGGCAGCACUACCUGCAGGCCAUCCGCUCGCGGGGGGCACGGCGGGCACAGGACUUCCAGCGCGCGGAGAACGUGCUGCUCACGGUGCUGGAGCACGUGCACCACCUGGACCCCCGCUUCCUCGUGGACUACUCCCGUGACCUGGAGGCCUUCCAGUUUGCCCUGCGCACCUCGGAGGAGCCCCUGCACGUGGAGGUGCCCCUGCGGGUGGAGGCGGACGCCCUGCUGAUCGAGGAGGUGGGGGCCGCCGAGGCGGGCGACGGCCCUGCGCCCUGCCGCCUGGGUGUCUCCAGGGAAGGGGCCCGCCCGGAACGGCGGAUGGCCGAUGACGUCCUCAGCGUCUCCUCCGAGGGUGGCGCCGGGUGCCGCGGCCACAUCGCGCCCAGCAAGGUCCUGCGCGUCCUCAAGGACCUUCUGGUGGCGUCCGUGGUGCACUGCAGACACCAGAGCCUCGUCACGCCAGGUUCUCUGAACGCGGACAGCCUGGAGGAGAAGGAGUCCCACCUGUCCCUGCUCGUGUCUAGCGGCUGGCGAACCAUCCGGUUCAACAUCGUGCCCAUGGUGCGGAGAAAGCUCUGGGUGCCCGCCCUGGAGAGGGCUCAGUGGAUGCGCGGGUUCCCUGAAGGCAGCUUGAAAAGGAUCAUCAGCCAAGAAGCGGCCCUGGUGCCAGCCAGUGCCCAGCACUGGAGGGUCUCCACUGACUACCUGCUCACCAGGCUGCUUGGUGCGCUGGGCUCCCUCCCGGGCCACCGUCUAGACGGCCUCUCCAUCCUGGACCGGGUCAACCACGAGAGCUGGCGCGACGGCGGCCAGAGCCCCGGCCUGACCUUCGGUCACCUGAAGACGGUGCUGCUGUGGGCGUCCGCGCUCUUCCCGGCGCCUGAGGACUGGGCGGAGCUGCAGGGCGCCGUGUACCGGCUGCUGGUGGUGCUGCUCUGCUGCCUGGCCACCGGGAACCUGCCACACUUCGUCUACCCCAAGCGGAACCUGCUGAGCGACGCCGGCCUGGACCUCAACGCCCUGUACCAGCGCGUGGAGCGCUUCGCCAGCCAACCCGAGGCGUCCCUGCGCAUCCACGUGACCCACCUGGGCCGCGGCCCCCCGCCGCGCAUCGGCAACGGGGUCAAGGCCCUCCUGCAGCUACCUGCCGGCGACCCUGCCUACUGGGCCACCGCCUACUUUGAUGUCCUGCUGGACAAGUUCCAGGUCUUCAACAUCCAAGAUGAGGACCGGAUCUCGGCCAUGCAGAGCAUCUUCCGGAAGACCAAGACCCUGGACGGCAAGGAGUGCUGAGCGGCCUUGCCUUUGCUCGGUCUUCACCACCCACAGCCGGGCUGCACGGCCCCGCGGAGGACCCGGGACACUUGGGGAAGGGAAUGGGCUUCACCCCGAGGCAGGUGAUGGGCGGUAGAGACGUCCACCUCAGACUGCCCGGGGGAUGGCCUCCCGGGACUCUGGGAGCGCCGGGCAGCAGGUCCCCCGGAGCAGCUGCCUGGUCUCCCCAGGGCCUGGGACGAAGGCGCCUUGUAUUUCACAAGACGCGUGUGGGUCUGUGUGAUGUCAUCAGACUCUCAGAGCCAAGCGUCUGCCUGAGACCUGGAGCUCGAGGGCUUGUCCCGACCUGAGUCCCAUGCUCCUCCGUGGUGAUGUAAUACUAUAUAUCUGAUCUUGAAUAAAUUAACGCCCCGGGUAGGCUCGGUGGGGACGGCAGCCACCACUUUCUGUGUAUCUAUGUGGAGAAUAUUCCCCCGGAGACACGGAAGUAGAAGAGGCUGACAGAAAUUCUGUGCAGACAGAAAAUCUCCAGCUUUCUCCACUCUCUGCAAACGGCCAGGUGUCCCCACCUUCUCCUCACAGAGGAACCUGAAGCCAGCAGAGGGGACGCCUGCGGCUCCCUCUGCCAACAGGGGCUGGUCCCGCCGAGGUGGGGCGUCUUCCGUCUUACGCAAGGUAGCAUCUCCUGGCAUCUGACGCCACCCCCCCUUCUGUUCUCAGGGCUCCGUGUCCCCACCCCGCGCCCUCUCAUCGGCCCAUGACGGCCACCUGCAGCCCCUUCCCCGCUGAGCUCUCACAUGACCUUCGUGUGCCCUCGCCUAGCAGACAGUGUCCACUCUCCACCCUCUUUGCCUCUCAGUGCUAUUUAUGCCCCGGCGUCUGAGCCACAGCCCGCACCCUGGCUCCUGUAGAGGGACCUGCAACCCCACGGCGAUGCGUGUAGCGACACUUUCCCCAAACGUCCUGCAAAGCAGCCCCCGGCCGAGUGCCCGAAUCGCCACACACAGAGGAGAGGAAAUGCCAGGGCCUUUGAAGGCUGUGUGAUUCGGGACCUGAGCUGACACGAAUACAGGGGGACACAAAAUGCCAUGAGAGUAGAGGCUGUCAGAGCACAGGACCCUGACGUUACAGAGAGGGAGGGAGGCAAAC